GUUGUAACUAAUUAUUUUUUGGCAAUAUUUCUUCUCUUUCUCUCUUGUAUUCAAUACGAAGCAAGACAAAACAAUAAGCAAUAAACUGAUCGAAGGAUUUGCAAAAUAGUUUCGAGAAAUGUCAAAAUUACAGAAACAGUGAAAUGUUUCAUAGUAUUGUCUAAAAAGGAAUGAUAUCUAAUGAAAGUUGACUCAAUUAUAUAUAUACAGUGUAUUAUUGGAAGUAUAAACUAAGGACCUGACCUAAGAAUUGAAAGUGGUGAAGCAUCAAUUCACACAUCUAGAUUAUGCGAUUAUAGUUUUUGUAGUGUUAACAAUUAUAGUAAGAUGCUAAAUCAACAACAUCCACUCUUAAGCACUAUAGAUUCCUACAUAGAGCCACUUUUAAAGCGUGUCUUGCAAACUAAAAGACUUGGAAUAUGUUAUGGUCUGAUAAAAUUGGAUUCGGCAUCAUCAAGUUGUGACAAAAACAAAAAUGAUUGUUUCAAGUUAUCAAUUCCCUAUGCAGGGGAGCAUCUUGUCUGGAAUAUAUUAUUUGAUUCACAAUAUCCUGAGAUGGGUCCAGACUUCAUAUUCAACGAUCAAAAUUUCCUAGCGGAUCCGGACAUUGAUACUGUGUCUUCUUGGGUACCUAGUCUUGCUAAAUGGAAUCCGAAUGAUACUGAUGCAUUACUCAAUGUGCUGACUGAAUUAUUAUUAUAUUAUAAAGACCGUCAGGUACAAUUACUUGGAAAGCAAGGAGAUCGUUUGCAAUUUGAAUACAGCACACUUGUUUGUGAAACAGAGAUAUUUACAGAAGAUAUAGAAGUGAUAAUGUUACCAUUAGGGACAAAGCCUACAGAAGCAAAAUUUUUUAUUCGCAUUGCUAUGGAUUAUUCUCGAUUACCUCCACGUAUUAAUAAAUCGCAAAAUUAUGAAGCUGUGCUCAGUAUCACAUUUUACGGACCAGAUUGGAAUCGUAUUUUGCCGCAACUUUAUCUAUCCAAUAUCUUAGAAGAUAUUUUUGGUGGACCAGAGUCUUUACAUAUUCCACCAUUUCCGCCUAAUAAAUAUCUAAUGGAUUAUGUUCCUGAAGUGAAGAAGUUUAUGGAUGAGAAGAUACAAAAUGUAAUUCAAAACUUUGAACGAAGAAAAAAUUUUAUUGCGACUCUAACUGUAUUACAGCGUGGUAGCAUAUUGGAAUAUGAUGCUAUAGAAUUUAAUUGGAUUAGCAUACUGUUAGAGCAACGAGACUUUCAUUUUCUUGUACAUUUUCAUCUCCCAUCAACAUUUCCGAAAGAAAGGCCGCAAGUGACAUUACAAUCAGUAUAUCACAUGACAUCGCAUGGUGCUUUAUACAUAGAAGUGUUGGAGGAUAUAUCGUACAGUCCUAGAUGGCCGAUAACGUUGAUGGUUGAUAAAUUUUUGACAUACAUAAUGGAAAAUGCAGUUCAAAAGUUUCAGGCAAAUUCGAUCAAAAAUCGCUAUUAAUAAUUUAAUCUGAAAUUAUAUUUUAUUAUAAAAUCUAUAUAUUUAAUAGUUGAUAUUGUGAAAUAAAAAUGAUUUGGUUUCAACGUGAUGAAGAUA